AUGAACUGUCUGAGAGUGACGGUCUACUACUCCGCAACGACCGUCUCGUCAUUCCCACGGCCCUCCAACGGCUUACCCUGCAGCUUACACAUGCGGGCCACCAAGAUAUUGUCCGCACCAAGCAACGGCUCAACAGCAAUGUUGGGUGGCCCAACAUGGCUACUGAAGCCGAAGCACUCUGCCGGCAAUGUAUUCCGUGCCAAGCAACUCUCUCAACGACACCGCUACGUCCGGGAGUCCGUGCCCACACCACCGUCCACCAAGCCGUGGCAACGAGUCUUCGUCGAUUUGUAUGGACCCAUGCCAAACGGUCAGCACCUGCUUGCCACUAUCGACCAGUUGACUCGCUACCCGGUCAUCAACGUGUUCAGCACGACACCCACUACGGCCGGUGUUGUAGCUCUGCGCUCUACAUUAUCCAUGUUCGGCUUGCCCGAAGAGCUAGUCUCGGACAACAGUCCUCAGUUCCGUUCUUCGGCUUUUGCUGAUUUCCUCGCGCCACACGCUAUCCAGCACCGCCACACCCCUCCUUUGUGGCCACAAGCAAACGGAGCAGUCGAGUGCCUCAACCGUACCAUUGGCAAAGUUCUGCGAACUGCCAAACUAGCUGGCGAAGACAUCAAUGUUGCAUUUGACCAAUGGCUCCUAGCGUACCGCACCACGCCACACCCUGCCACUCACGAGGCACCGGCAACACUCAUGUUUGGUCGCCCCAUCCGCGACAGCAUACCCUGCAUUACGGCAGCCGCACCAGACUUACCUUCAGCUGCCCACCGUGACCAGCAAUUCCGCCAAUCCCAGUGCGACGCUGCCAAUGCCACCCGCCGGUCAAACGCCCCCAUCCUCACUCCUGGUCAGCGCGUCUUACGCCGCAAUGAGCAGGCACACAAGCUCUCACCACAGUGGGAUCCCAACCCCUGGACCGUGGACCAGAUCUCUGGGUCUACGGUGACGAUCUCCAACUCAGCAACUGGCCAAAGAUCGACUCGCCAUAAUUAUGUCGUUCGUCAAGCCCGUAAUUGUUGUCACACAGACAGCCCAUCACCCACUACCAGCUGA